GCAGUGUAUUGAGCGCCUUUCUUCGCAACCAAGGAUCUCCUAAUCUCUCAAGAACACGGAUACCUAUCAGACUGUGGCAACAGACUUCACAUCCGCUCCUUGGUUCUGUUCUCCUGAUUUGUUCUUGUUGGCGCUCCGCGUUUCGCGGCUGUCAAUGAGAGAGGAUCAAGCACCGGGAAUGUCUUCUUACGACUUGGGAGCGGGAUUUUGAGCCGAGAGACUCUAAGUACGCGCCAAUUUCAACCCGUUUGUCUCGAAGAUACAAGUCAGCGCGCAUCGCCUCUUCUUGAAAUGUCCUUCAAAUGUCAUAUGCGACUGUACUCCACGCUCAAACGGUAUCCGAAGUUCGUGAGGAUCGUCGAGGUUGGGCCGAGAGAUGGCCUCCAAAACGAGAAGCAAAUCGUGCCCACAGAUGUGAAAAUCCAGUUCGUGAACUUGUUGUCCAAAACAGGCCUGAAGUGCAUCGAGACGACCGCUUUCGUUUCGCCGAAAUGGGUUCCCCAGAUGAGCGAUAGUAGCGAAGUCUUCAAGGGGAUCGAUAAAAUCGACGGAGUCAGUUAUCCUGUUCUUGUGCCGAAUGUUCAGGGCUUGCAAUCAUCCCUGCAGGCUGGCGUGAGGGAGAUCGCAGCUUUCGGGGCUGCAUCAGAAGCCUUCUCGAAGAAAAAUAUAAAUUGUUCGAUUGCCGAAUCUUUGAAGAGGAUCGAGACCGUGAUCGAAGAAGCAAAGAAACACGACCUCCGAAUACGGGGAUACGUGAGCUGUGUCGUUGGCUGCCCUUACGAGGGAGCGAUCGAUCCGAAAAAAGUCGCGGGCGUGGCGAAAGUUCUUUACGAUAUGGGCUGUUACGAAAUUUCUCUGGGAGACACUAUCGGCGUCGGCACGCCUGGUUCCACGUCUCGGAUGCUGGAGGAAGUACUUAAGGUCCUUCCCCCGGCGGUACUCGCACUCCACUGCCACGAUACGUAUGGUCAAGCUCUCGCGAAUAUUCUGACGGGUUUGGAAUACGAUAUAUCGACGCUCGACGCCUCUGUCAGUGGUUUGGGAGGCUGCCCAUAUGCUGCUGGAGCUUCUGGGAAUGUUGCGACGGAAGAUGUCGUCUACAUGUUGGAUGGCUUAGGGGUCUCGACCGGGGUCGAUCUGAUCAAGCUGAUUAAAGCUGGUCGGUUCAUCUGCUCAAAAAUCAAUCGGGUCAAUGGCAGCAAAGUCAAUCGUGCGCUGGAAAAGCCGGAGUGCCAAGAAUGA